CAUUGCACUAAAACAAACACAGUUAGACUAGACCCCAGAAAAAUAAUGAUGAUAAGAAAAACAUCUUUCCCCAUGAAAAGAUGGUCUUCUUCUUCGUCCAUGGAAGCUCCAUCAAAGAUCUCUCAUCAGUUCCCAACUUCCCCUGUAGAAGAAAUCACGCAUUACACGCACUCACAGCACCCCCUCACUAAGAUAUCCUCGCCGGAGCUCUUCGUGUGCGCCGGCUGCAAGGAGUACGGCGCCGGCUAUCGAUUUGCUUGCCAGCAGUGCGAGUUUCAGCUGCACGAGUUCUGCGCCGCCCCCCGCCCGCUUCUCAAGAACCACCCCCUCCAUGGCCAGCACCAAUUAGUCUUUCAUGUCAAGCCCAAACAAGCCAAAGCUGGAAUGGCAUGGCCUAAGUGCAAUGUGUGCGCCAAGUCGAUCAAGGGAUUUACCUAUCGAUGCAAGGCGUGUAGCUUUCAGAUGCAUCCUUGCUGCGCCAUGCUCUCCACGGAGAUCCUAUUCGCAGUCCAUCCCCAUCCCUUGAAGUUGUUGCCGGCUAUUAGUACAUCGCCGGUGGCCAUUAAUGGAGGCAGUGCUGCCACGGCCACAGCCACCGCCUGUGGGGAGUGCAACAAGAGGAGAUCAGGAAGAAUGUAUCGAUGCACUGUGUGCGACUACCAUCUCCACGCCACAUGCGCUAAAUCCCAAAUCAAUGGCCUCCAAGCCAAUGGAAUCCCCACACCGGAGAAGCCGAGCCCUUUGGGGACUGCAGCUCGUUUGGCGUCUCAGGUGGUCAUAGAAUUCAUCGGGGGACUAAUCGAGGGGUUUGGAGAGGGAGUUGGAGAAGCCAUAGUGCAGAACAUCACAAGAGGUAGGUGUAUGUCGAGAAGACGAAUUCAAGAAUAAGUAUGGAUACUGUAUUGAAAAAUCAAUUGUGUGAAUUUUAUUAAUUUGUUACCUGCUGCAGCCAAACUUGUGCAUAGGUCGAUCUGUAUAUGUUUGAUUGCUAAGGUACAUACAAAUAUAUGUAUAUUGUGCGAUCAUACUGUUGUACUUUCUAUUGCCUUGAAGUAAUGAAGGAUAUCUUUCUGCACA